GCGAUAUUGAGAGAGGAGGAGGGCUUUAAAUACACUCCUGUUGGCUUUGGCAUCUCAACCUUCACAUAGGUGACGUCUGCUCUGCUGAGUGAAUCAUUUCUCAAACAAGAAUGAGUACAGAGACCUGCAAAAUGAAUGGGACACACACAUAUGAGUCCAAUUAUAUUGAAGAAAGUACUAAAGACAACAGGAUCUCUUUGAUCUUUUCCCUCAAAGAAGAGGUUGGAGCACUGGCCAGGGUGCUGCGCAUAUUUGAGGAGAGAGGUGUUAGUCUGAUCCACAUAGAGUCCAGACCUUCCCGGCUCAACAAAGAUGAGUACCAGUUCUACAUUGACUUGGACAAUAAGAGCACUCCAGCUCUGGAGGAAAUUGUAAAAUGUCUGAGGUUAAACAUUGGGGCUACUGUGCAUGAACUUUCCCGAGACAAGAAAAAAGAUGCCGUCCCAUGGUUUCCAAAAACCAUUCAAGACCUUGACAAGUUUGCAAAUCAGAUCUUGAGCUAUGGAGCGGAACUUGAAGCAGAUCAUCCUGGGUUCACCGAUCCUGUUUAUCGGACCAGACGUAAAGAGUUUGCCGACAUUGCAUUUAAUUACAAACAUGGUCAACCUAUUCCAUUUGUUACUUACACAGAAGAGGAGAAAAAGACUUGGGGCACAGUGUUCAAAGAGCUGAAAUUGCUGUAUCCCACACAUGCUUGCUAUGAACAUAACCAUAUUUUUCCUCUGCUAGAAAAAUAUUGUGGAUAUAAUGAAAAUAAUAUUCCUCAGCUGGAAGAUGUCUCCAAUUUUCUUCAAACUUGUACUGGUUUCCGUUUACGUCCUGUCGCUGGUUUGCUGUCAUCAAGAGAUUUUCUGGCUGGCUUGGCAUUCAGAGUUUUUCACUCAACUCAAUAUAUUCGCCAUUGGUCAAAACCGAUGUAUACACCUGAGCCUGAUAUUUGCCAUGAGCUUCUAGGACAUGCACCCCUCUUUGCUGAUCCAAGUUUUGCCCAAUUUUCACAAGAGAUCGGAUUGGCAUCACUUGGGGCACCAGAUGAAUACAUUGAAAAGUUGGCUACGUUGUACUGGUUUACUGCUGAAUUUGGACUUUGCAAACAAGAUGAUAAAAUAAAGGCUUACGGAGCUGGGCUGCUAUCAUCAUUUGGAGAAUUACAGUAUUGUUUGACAGACAAACCAGAUCUGAAGCCAUUUGACCCGGAGAAGAUUUCUCUGCAGAAAUACCCAAUAACUGAGUUCCAGCCUGUUUAUUUUAUUGCUGAAAGUUUUGAAGAUGCAAAGGAAAAAUUGAGGAAAUUUGCUACCACAAUUCCUCGUCCUUUCUCUGUGCGUUAUAAUCCAUACACACAAAGCAUUGAAGUUUUAGAUAAUGUACAGCAGUUGAAAAAUCUAGCUGACUGCAUUAACAGUGAAAUCGGGAUCCUUUGCUGUGCUCUUCGGAAGCUCGAGUGAAGUUAUUCUCCACCUGCACUUACAAGGAAUGAAAUCUUCUGAAGACCUUACACUGAAGAGCUUACCAUAAAUAAAAGUAUUAUUGAUAUGA